AUGGCCCGAGGCGGCGCAGAGCUCAAGCUGCUGGGCACGUGGGCGAGCCCGUUCGUCCUGCGAGCGCAGCUCGCGCUUAGCUUCAAGGGCCUGACCUUCGAGAACGUUGAGGAGGAUCUACGCAAGAAGAGCGACCUCCUGCUGACCUCCAACCCCGUGCACAAGGCGGUGCCGGUGCUCCUCCACGGCGGCAGGCCCGUCUGCGAGUCGCUGGUCAUCGUGCAGUACGUGGACGAGGCCUUUGCCGGCGCCGCCGGCCCGCCCCUCCUCCCCGCGGACCCCUACAAGCGCGCCGUCGCUCGCUUCUGGGUAGCUUUCAUCGAGGACAAGCUGCUCGCGGCAUGGCAAAAGGUAUUCACCGCCAAGACCGACGAGGAGAAAGCCGAGUGGAUGAAGCAGACGCUGGCAGCGGUGGAUGUUCUGGAGGGAGGCCUCAAGGAGUGCUCUAAGGGCGGGAGCUUCUUCGGCGGCGACCACGUCGGGUACGUCGACAUCGUGCUGGGCGGCGCGGUGCCAUGGGUGCACGCGACGGAGGUGCUCUCCGGCGCAAGGCUCUUCGACGCAGGCAAGGUCCCGCUCCUCGCGGCGUGGCUGGAGCGCUUCGGCACGCUGAAGGAGGCCAAGGCGGUCAUGCCGGACGUUCAGAGGCUGGUCGAGCACGCCAAGAUGAAGCAACCUGAGGCCGUGGCCGCAGGUGCAGCUGGAGAUAACAGAAUGGCAGGCGGAGGAGACGAGCUGAAGCUGCUCGGCACCUUCGGGAGCCCGUUCGUUCUGAGAGUGAAGCUGGCCCUCAGCUUCAAGGGCCUUAGCUUCGAGGACGUGGAGGAAGACCUCGCCAACAAGAGCGAGCUUCUCCUGGCGUCCAACCCGGCGCAGAAGAAAGUGCCGGUGCUCAUCCACAACGGCAAGCCCGUCUGCGACUCGCAGGUGAUCGUGCAGUACAUCGACGAGGUGUUCAGCGGCACGGGCCCAUCUCUGCUCCCCGCCGACCCAUCCGAGCGCGCUGUCGCUCGCUUUUGGGCUGCAUACAUGGACGACAAGCUCCUGGCGUCGUGGCUGCAGGCGGCGAGGGGCAAGACGGAGGAGGAGAAGACGGAGGGGCUGAAGCAGACAUUCGCGGCGGUCGAGACCAUGGAGGCGGCCUUCAAGACAUGCUCCAAGGGAAAGCCUUUCUUCGGCGGCGACAGCGUUGGGUACCUGGACGUGACGCUCGGGGCUCUGGUCGCUUGGGUGCACGCCGGCGCGGCGCUGUACGGCAUGCGGCUCUUCGACGACGCCAAGAGCCCUCUCCUUGCAGCGUGGGUGGAGCGCUUCGGCGCGCUGGACGCCGUCAAGGCCGUCUUGCCCGACGUCGACAGGUUGGUCGAGUUCGCCAAGAUGAAGCAGGCGCAGACUGCAGCCGCGGCCACGGCAAACUAGAGAACUGAUUAUGGCAUGUGUGUAACAUCAGGUCGGAGCUGGUAUUGUGGCGUAGCUCUAG